AUGGGUUCAGUCGCGCGCGCCGCCGUCGAUCAGAAGCUCGCCGUGGCCAAGCGCUGCUCCCACGGUGAGACUGCUCCCCCCCUUCUCUCUCUCUCUGUCUUUCUUUCUCAUGGGCGGCAUCGGCCGAGGCGCAGAGGGGGUCCUCUGCGGAGCGAAGGCGGCGGCGGUUGCGAGCGUGGCGGCGGCAGUCCCAACCCUGGCCUGCUCGCGGAUGCUACCGUGGGCACGGGGCAACCUCAACGCCACUGCGCAGGCCCUCAUCAUCUCCACAAGUAGAACCCGAAGAACCCUGCGUCUCUCUCUCUCUCUCUCUCUAACCAGUCAGUGAGGUGUUGGCCAUGCAGUUGCCGGGGCAGCCUUCUUCAUCGUGGCGGACAAGACCGUUCUGGCCUUGGCGAGGAAGAACUCCUUCAAAGAGGGAUGA